GAAUUAUGCAGUGCUUUCCCUUUAAGAGGGAGGUGAAUGGCAGGAGAAAAAUGUUGGGAAUAGUACAUGAGAAAGUCACUCGCAGUCUAGGGAGAAGCAGGAACCAAGGAGAGAUGUAAGAGUGGAGUUCACGGAGCGGAGAUCAAUCAGCGUCUGUCCAGUUACCUUCGCUUGAGAUUAUUACCGACAGUUAGCGUGAUUCGCUGUGAUCAUAGUCCACGAUUUGCAUGCGGCGGAGAGCUCGCUGACAAGCACUGGAGGGAAGGCAGAAGUUUGGGCAGCACGGUUCUCUCUGGAGUGAAUGUGCGAGCCCAGCCUUUCCGCGUUGCGUCCCUACGCCAGUGAUGUAACCAUGGUGGGCGUCAGCAUCAAGCAGGAGGAGGAGGAGGAGUCCAGCGGUGGGGGCGGAGCCGUCGAUGAGGGGAGGGAACCUCAGCGCUCGUCUCCGAUAGACAAUUGGUCCUCUCCACUGCCCAUCGAACAAACGGAUGAGAAAACCACACCCCCCAGCCGUCCACCAACCUCAGAGGUCUCUCCACUGAGAGAACAGGAGCAGGGGGUGACCAGGAGCUUUGGGCGACAGGGUGCCCAGCCCAAUGGCAGUGAAGCAAUUCCUACCAUAGAAAAGCUGUUAAACUCAGACUGGAGGGAGAGGCUCCUGGAUAGAGGCUCACCAGGUGCCAGUAGCCUCCAAGGCACACCACAUAGCCUAGCUGAGAAGGAGCUGCAGCUGCUGAUGAUGAUAAACCAGCUGUCGGGCCUGAGAGAGCAGCUGCUGGGAGCUCACUCUGAGCAGAGGAACAUGGCUGCACUGCUGCUGGAGAAACAGCAGCAGCAAAUGGAGCUGGCCCGCCAGCAGCAGGAACAGAUCGCCAAGCAGCAGCAGCAGUUGAUCCAGCAGCAGCACAAGAUCAACCUUCUGCAGCAGCAGAUCCAGCAGGUGAACAUGCCGUACGUCAUGAUCCCCGCCUUCCACCCCAGUGCCCAGGCCAUGCCCGUCAACUCCGACGCUCAGAUGGGGCUCCCCAUCCAGCCCAUUCCCUGCAAGCCAGUGGAAUAUACCAUGCCUCUCCUCUCAAGUCCACACACCACGUCCAUGAAAAGGUCCAGUGGCACAGCGUUUCGACAGGUAGCCUACCGCGGUUCUCCUUGGGAGAGUACCCAGCCCCUGAACUUGACAGCCAAGCCCAAGGGGGUUAGCCCUAACCCCAGCCCUCAGGCCAUGGAGCUGGCCUCCGCACACCUGCAGGGAGGGUACCGGCACCGCGAGCUCCCACCCAGCCCCCAGCGUGCACCCCUCAGCCUGAACUUCUUGGGAGAAGGGGACAUGGUGACACAGGCUAUCCAGGAGGCACAGCAGCUGCUCAGGGGUCAGAGAGAGCGGGAGAGAGACGGCACGAUCAGGCCGGGUGAUUACAAGGAAGGGUCGCGGGGUGAGCGCCUGACCCCCUCAGAGCGGCCCUCGGAGCGACAGGUGCUGAGGGCCGGGGAGGACCUCAUCUGCAGUGACUCCGAAGGGCCCAUGUCCAUGUCUGGCCUGGGGGGGAUGGGGGAGAGCCGGACGGCCCCCUCUGGACACAUCAAGCGGCCCAUGAACGCCUUCAUGGUGUGGGCCAAAGACGAGCGCCGACGCAUCCUACAGGCCUACCCAGACAUGCACAACUCCAGCAUCAGCAAAAUCCUGGGCACGCGCUGGAAGUCCAUGUCCAACCAGGAGAAGCAGCCGUACUACGAGGAGCAGGCGCGCCUGAGCCGCCAGCACCUGGAGCGAUACCCGGACUACAAGUACAAGCCGCGGCCCAAGAGGACGUGCAUCGUGGAGGGCCGGCGCCUGCGAGUGGGCGAGUACAAGGCCAUGAUGAAGAGCCGCCGGCAGGAGCAGCACCGUGGCACCUACCCCGCCAGCCAAUUAGAGCAACAGCUCCACUAUCCCGCAGCCCCCAGUAACAGCCAGUAUUCCGGCACAGCGGUCUCCAUGGCGACGCUGCCGCUGCACUCCGCCCUCCUGGAGCACUACCUCCCUCCCCGGAACCUGGACACGCUGCAGGGCCGAGACGCGGGGCUGGUGGAGGGGGGGCAGAGAGGAGCCAGGGAGGCCCAGAGACAGCCCUUUAGUGAGGGGGAAGACAGCGACGCAGGGGAGCGCAGUGAGGGGGAGCUGGUGGUGCUCACUGACUGAAAUCAUCUGGGUUUGAGGGGGGGGGGGGGGGUGUGUGUAUGGAGGUUCAUGUGUGUUUCACAUUUGUUUGUGUUUGUUUGUGUGUGUGUGUGUGUUUGAUGCUUUUUUGUAAGGCCUCCCUUAAAGAAAAGAUUCUUGUGUUCUAUACAUUCAUGGACAUGCUUUAAGGUUUUCUUUUUUUUUUUGAGUGGCACUCAAAGAAAGAGAUCAUGGUAUGAGGGGAGUUAUGCAGGUGUUUUGUUUAAUGUCCUUGAUGGCAGCUGACUCAGAUCCACACUGGACCAGGCCCAGACCUGUUCUAGGGUCAGUUCAUCCUCUGGAGAUGCCCCAGCACUGCUGCUGUGUGAAAACCACAAGCUUGAGUCAGUGUGAGAGGCUGUUGCAGUUAUACAGUUAUAUUUAUUGGUAAGUAAUUAUAUUACACACAACCCUACCUUCUCAGAAAAGGCACACACACACACACACACACACACACGCCCCUUCACUCUCAAAAUGUGACACAAACACACCCAAUCUUAUGAAACUUGCACUGACAGCACAAUGUCAAUCUGCUGUGUACUGUGAGGUCUACCAGGUGCAGCUGACAGACUUAUCUCUGAGAGAGGGGUACAAGCAGUGGCCAGCCAUGACAGUUCUCAUUUUAAUAUCCUGAUUUAUCAAAAUGUCCCCAGCUGAUGUUGUUGUGUAUUGUUAAAUGAAUGUUACAUUUUUUGUGUGAAAUAAUUUUGAAUAUUUUGUUUGUUUUUGUUUUGUUUGCUUUUUAUUUCAAAUUUCAAAUGCUAUGGCUAAUGCCAAUGCAAAAUAAUGGAAUUUGAGAAUGUUUUAUAAUUUCUGUUAUAAACAUUAAGGUUAACUUGAGUGUUUGAUCAUGGUUGUGUUUUCUUUUCUUUUUUUUUUUCUUUCUGCAUCGUUUGGAAAGUACAGAGAAUCGUCUGUGUAUUUUUGUGGUAGAAUACCUCCAUCUCUAUGUGGGCCGAUUGAGUCUGUUUUGCAGAGCUAAAAGGCAGAAAAGAGUCAUCAAUCAUUCGGAGGAAUGUCCAUUGGGGUCUGGUUUAAGCCUAGUUUGUGAGCGGAAGUAUUUUAAAGAGUUAGUCCAGGAUUAGUCCUGGGAAUGUUGCCUGAGUUUCAAAAUGGCUGGAAUUCUAUGCUUUUCAGCUGGAGUCUUAUCUUUUCCGCAACGGCUCUUCUAUCUCUAUGCCGUUGCCACACUUCUGCUGUUUUGAGAUCAGUGGGACCCACCCCUUCCUCACCUCAUAGAGAGGGAGCAUUGAUCCAUAAGCUGAUCAGCAAGCAGUCGUUGUUACUGGACUGGCCUGUAAUUUUAGCUGUAUUUGAGAGCUCUCUGCCAUGUGUGGUGCUUGUGUGCCCAGUGUGGACCUGAAGCGCUGCAGAAUAGCGCGCAGAAGUUGUCUUUUCUUUUCUUGCACUGAUUUGAUUGAGGGGGAGUCUGCUGAAAUGUCGAGCGGGGGCCAG